AUGCCUACGCCGGUAGCAGCAGCAGCCUCAGACGCGCCCCAGGCGUGCGACCGCUGCCACCGCCGCAAGACGAGGUGCGACAAGGUGCACCCGGAAUGCGGCCCGUGUCGGCGGGCCCAGGCGAGCUGCGUGUACUCGGAGCGGGCGAAGCAGCCCGUCUAUCGCCGCCGGUUCGUGGAGAACCUCGAGCGCCGGAUUCACCAGCUCGAGGCAGCGAACCGGAGGCUUUCGGCAGCGGCUGCUGCUGCUUCCUCAGCGCCGCCGGCAGCGACGAGUCCGGACGUCGAUGAGACGAUAGUGUCGCAAGCAGGAGAGGAGAACGGAAGACCCAGGAGUCGGAACGACAGUGGCACGGAUGACAUUGCAAACGAAGUCUCCUAUCUCUCGACCAGUGCCGGGGGUGAUAGGCAAUUCCUCGGCUCGACGAGCGGUAUCUUGUUGGCAAGCCUGGUGAAUGCUGGUGUUCCGGUCAAUGCAGAACGGCUAGCGAAUCCUUCCAAUUCGACGCUCUCGCCAGGUACAAGCCCCGUCACUCGCGACUGGGGCGCAGAUGACAGGUCGCUACCACCAGAGCAGCUUGCUCGACAUCUGAUCGAGGCAUACCUAGCCCACGACCACCUCUCUUACCCGUUCCUGCACCCCCGGGCUGUUCGGGCCACUGUCGACUGCAUCUAUAGCGAUGCAUCCUUCUCCCGGACGCAUGCCUUUGAAGCAUUCAUGUUCAACAUGAUCUUAGCUAUCGCAACUUCACAGGUCUACAAAUUCAACUGGCAGGCACUGCCUGACGCAGAGACGCAUCACCAACGAGCGGCGAUCCAUCUCAAUCAAGUCCUCUCCGAGGGAGGAUUGCGAGCGUUACAAGCGAUGCUCCUUCUAUGCCAAUUUCGCCUCGGCAGCUCAACGACCGAUGCAUCUGGGAGCCUGUGGCACAUUGUUGGCAUCGCGGCCCGCAUGUGUUUCGAGCUGGGCUUGCAUCGAGAGACCAUGUAUCGACUGAACAAGCCCAAUGGCGCCCAGGGCGAUAUAUCACACCUCUCGCCGAAAUUUGAAGAGAAUGAAGUUCGUCGAAGGUGCUUUUGGAGCGCCUUUGUGUUCGACAGAAUGGUUUCUAUCACUCUCGGAAGACCUCUAGCAAUCUGUAUCGAGGAUAUUGAUGUUGAACUGCCGACAGAGGACUUAGAUGAAGUCUCGAGCCCAUCCGUGAUCGGCGCCGAUGAUCAGACACUCCCCCGCAUUGCUCCGAGCUACCGCACUCGCCUCUUCGUCCACCUCGUACGAUACCGUGACAUCUGCGGCCGUUGUUUAACGUCCUUGCACCGCGGGAGCAAAGCCGCAGCGCAGUCGGAAGAUGACCUGCACCGCAUACGCAGUGGUCUUGCGGCAGAGCUCGAUGCCUGGCGGGCGGACACCAACAAUCUGGAUCUGCCCGAACUGGACCUGAUGACACGACUGGCAGAAGCACGGUCAAGUUUCCAGUCCAAAGCGUGGUACGAGAUGCUGUACCACAACGGUGUGCUGCUGCUCUACCGCCCUUCCGUGACGACCGUUUCGGCGGCCAACGCCGAUAGCCAGAGCCUUCAGCACAUCUUCUCGGCCGCGCAUCAGUCCAUCACCCUCUACGCGUAUCUCCUCCGCUCGCGCAAGAUCAACUUCUUGUGGAUCACGAUGCACUCGGUCUUCAUAGCCGGCCUAUCCUACGUGUACGCAUUGAGCCGCCACUUCCGGGAGAAGAGGCGGCGUGGGGAAGGUCCUCGCACGCAGCUGGCCGAGGAGCCCAGCAUCGUUGAUAUUGUAAAUUGCUGCAGGGCGUGUUCGAAUGUCCUCGUCGCAAUUUCUGAACGGUGCAACGCCCAGAAGAACUGUCACGAGGUGUUUGAUCGACUGAGUGAUGCGGUAUUGGCCGAUGCCGUGGCAGUACUCUCCGGAUUGUCGAGCUCGGGGCCUGUGGCCAGGUCCUCAGACUUGGGACAGCAAACUUCCGCAUCGUCAGUAGGAGAUGCUCGAGCACAGGGUCACAUGAUGGAUGGGCUAGACUGCAUUCAGGCCAGCUUCCCCGUUUCAGCUGAUGAUGAGUUUGCUGCUGGCGGUCUUCAGCCUUCCUUGGCGGUAGACAAUGCUCUGAGGGACUGUUUCCCGGAUCUACAGCGCAUGGGAGAUUCACAAUGGGGCGAUGAUGCUAUUCUACAACUCAGCACUGACUGGCUUGGCGAGAUCGACCAAGGAGGCGGACUGCUGGAAGACUGGAACUUGCAAAUUGGUUGA